AUGCCAUGUCAAAGUGCAACACUCUUGGUAUCGCUGGUCCUCGGCCCGGUCUUCGUCCAGGUCGCUUCCACACCGACCCCAAGGCUGGGGCCCCCAAUUGGCCUAAGCUACCUCGAUACCUCCGUGACCAAGGACCUGAGUGACGACUGCAUGGUAGCAGCGGUGAUGUUGAUGAAAUCCCAACUCGUGAGUACCACCGCCACCCUCGAACGAUGAGACAUGCCCCGACCCUCAUCACAAACACCUGGCAAACUCAGCUGACACGUACCGCCGCUCCACUCGCUCGCGCGGCCCUCACCCAAGACACGCUGCGUCGACGUGCCGGGCUUCAUGACCGUGCUCACCGCCGACAGAACAACUACCACCACCUCACGUGAGUCAUUCCGCCUCGUUCUUCGCCCGCAACUUGUCCGAUGUCAUGCACUCGUGUCUCGGGCACAUGUGAAUCGUACUCCCGCGGUUCCUCGGUCCCGGACUUGUGCCUCAUAUCGCGGUCGAGGUGAAAUCCCGAUACGUCGGCGUGAAGGAGCUCGUAUCCUUAAUUGCAAAUCCCAGCUAGUCUUGCUCGAACAUACACACCCCGCCGCACCGGAAUUCGUCUCCUGUCGGGCGGUAAGGGCGGUAAGAGCGGUAAAGUGGGCGAGUCCGAUUUUGUUCGGCGAACGGGGUACCACCCGGAACUAGCGGUCUCUGAUCGAAUGGAGGUCUUGUACCUGAUGCUAAACGCAUUGGCCCGUGGAUCUGAUUCGCAGUACAACAAUGGACCGAAUCGUUCUGCAGCCGGACAUGCAACCAAGCCGCCCUGAGCAGUACGAACGACACCGUGAUGUUGGGGUGCUCGACCGACAUUACCAUGGAUAUCUCGCCACUUCCCGUACGUUCGAUCGCUGAAUGACUCAAUCAGUGAAGUUGUCGUCGAUGCUGAUGUGCGGGCCGAUUCACACACAGGGGCUCAUUUUGAGUAAGCUCACCUGAUGAAAAUUCCUCGCUUCUGCUUGUCAGCUUGGUUCACACGGAGAGGCUGAUACUUCGCUCGAUCCUGCUGUUUCAUUUCAAUUAAAUUAGUGGUUUUGAAGAACUACGCAAUGACUAGAACCAUUGCCUGCGCAGAGACCUUCGACGAGCAUGCGAAUUGUAUCGUCACCUUGGUCCGAAACCUUCAGCAGGCGAACAACGCCGUUUACAGUUUCCAUGACCUGCUCAACCUUGGGAAGCACCUCGAUCAAUUCCAAAAACUCCCUACCGCCCAGCUCUGCAGUGAUUGCAACAAGGUGCUUUUCACCACCACCGAGCAAAACAUCGCGGACGCCACGAUGCGGCAGAACCUGUCCAAGCUCGCUCAGUCGAGAUGCGGUCAAAGCUUCAUCAAUGGCGCAUUACCAUCGUCAGUGACGUUCGUUCAGGGAAUUCCGAGCCCUCCUAGUCCCGGAGACUAUGGCUCAACUGGUUGGAACGCAACUCCCACAUCGGGUCGAGAUCCGACGGUUGGCUCAGUGCGAGAAGGGACACUCACUUCGGACGGCCACCCCGUCGUCACGGUCCGGGUGCAGCUGGCGACUUUCGCAGUCGUUGCUGUAGCGGGGCUGUUAGGGGGGAUCCUCGUCUUGUGA